AGAAAAUAUAAGCAAAAUAGGAAGUGAAAGGUCAUUAGUGGCAACCUGAAAAGCAGCCCGUCGGGGUUACCUAGGAGGAAACCAAACAACGACUCAGCGAGGCUGAUGCUCGCUCUUUGGUGACCAUCGAUAUCGAGAAGUGUCACUUUCAAACUCAGGUAACAAUCCAACAAACAUGUAGUUACCUACUGGUCUAGUAUCUACACUUAGGUAUAUUAGGCGUCGUGAUGGCCUCUUGUUGUAGCGAGAAGUGUGAUCUCAGACUGAACUCUGUUUUCUAACUGUCUAUCUACACUACCUCUCACCCACUUCAUAUUCUACUUCAAAACAUCAACCCAAACACCAUAAUGCCCGCAGUAGCAGCUAUCGUGAACCAGGCCGUGGCCGGCGACAAGAACAUCAACCUGUUCUACAACACCGCAGACGCCCAGCUCGGCAUGGCCUUCAAGAACGGCACCAACGUCGACGACCCGCAAUCUGCCUGGGCUGCCGACGCAACCGACUACAAAGGCUACAUCUUCAACCCUUCCACCAUCGCCUCCGACUACUACCGCGGCAACCAGCUCGUCAUCGGCGUCACUGAGCCCAGGGUCGAAGAGGGCAAGCCGACGACCAACCAGAUCUCAUUGCUCUCACCCAUCUACAGAAAACUAGCUAUGACCGCGCUGCAGAACAAGAACGUCAGUAUGUGCUCGUCUGGAAACAGCGCUUGGGUGUACUACUUAGACGGAUCCGCGCCGGGCCAGAUGCGCCUGAAGGAAUACAACGUCGAGAACGGCAACGUCUCAACUUUCCUCCAGAACCAGGACGUCACUCUCAACUGCUCGCUGGCCGCUUGGUACAACCCGACGACGUACGAGCGCCUGGUCAUCUACCAGGAGAUGGUGGAGGGGCACCUGAAGGAAUUCAACACCGUCACGAGGCAAUCCUGGGACAUCGACGGAACCGACAACGCGAAAGACCUAGCGAGCAUGGCCAUCUCGUACACGAACGGCAAAGCGUACCUGUACUACGUCGACAGCAACGACAACAUCCAUCGCGUCAUCAAGGAUGAGAGCGGGUGGGGCGAGCCGCGCACCGUGGCUGGUAUCCCGAAGGUCGGCACCAGCCAGAUCACCGUGGUGGCGGCGAAUAGCUAUAACCAUAUUUUCUAUAAGUCGCAGGAGAGCACUAUGGAGGAUGACUUCUUCCAUGCUCAUGACCCCGUUCAGUAGGUUGGUGGUGAGAUGUGAUGUCGAGGGGACGGGUAAGCGGAGAGGAGAGGAGAGUGAGUUUGGAAUUGUGUUUUAUGUAGGUAGCAUGUAUCUUUUACCAGAUCAAAUCCCGAAAUGCACCUAAAAUUCCGGUGUCUAUGAAUCUAUGAUUGUCUCGGGUCGCUGCGUUAAACCGAGUCGUCUUUUGUACGAUG